AUGGAACAUCAUCAACACUAUCGAUCAAGAGGAAAGAGUGGACAUUAUCAAAAUUAUCGACCAGAAGGAAAGAGUGAACAUCAUCAGAAUUAUCGACCAGGAGGAAAGAGUGAAAAUCAACAACAUUAUCGACCACCACGAAAGAGUGAACAUCAGCAACAUAAUCGACAAAGAGGAAAGAGGGAACAUCAUCAACAUGGUCGACUUAGAGGAGGAGUAGGAAAAUCAUCAUCAUUAUCGUACAGGAGGAGAAAUGACCAUCAUCAACAUUAUCGACAAAGAGGAAAGAGUGAACAUCAUCAACACUAUCGAUUAAGAGGAAACAGUGAACAUCAUAAAAAUUAUCGACCAGGAGGAAAGAGUGAACAUCAUCAGAAUUAUCGACCAGGAGGACAGAGUAAAAAUGAUCAGUAUCAUCAAACAAGAACAAAGAGUGAGCAUCAUCAACAUUGUCGAUUAGGAAAGGGUAAACAUAAUCAACACUAUCGACCAACAGGAAAGAGUAAACAUCGUGAACAUUAUAGACCAGGAGGAAAGAGUGAACAUCAUCAAAAUUAUCGACCAGGAGGAAAGAGUAAACAUGAUCAGUCUCAUCAAACAAGACGAAUGAGUGAACAUCAUCAACAUUAUCAACAGAAGGGAAGAGAGCAGAGAGUGAACAUCAUCAACAUUAUCGACAGAGAUAAGAAUGAACUUUAUCAACAUUAUCGACCAAGAGGAAAGAGUGAACAUCAUCAGCAUAUUCGGCCAAGAGGAAAGAGUGAACAUCAUCCAGCAUUAUCAACAACGAGGAAAGAGAGAACAUCAUCAGCAUAUUCGAUCAAGAGGAAAGAGAUAAAUAGUGAACAUUAUCAACACUAUCGACCAAGGGGAAAUAGUAAACAUCAUCAACAUUAUCGACCAGGAGGAACGAACGAACAUCAUGAACUUUCUCGAUCAGGAAGUAACAGUGAACAUCAUCAACAUUAUCGACGAAGAGGAAAGAGUGCACAUCAUCAACACAUUCUACCAAGGGGAAAGAGUGAAUAUUAUCAACACUAUCAACCAAGGAGAAAGAGUAAAUAUCAUCAACAUUAUCGACCAGGAGGAAAGAAUGAACAUCAUCAACAUUAUCGACCUGGAGGAAAGUGUGAACAUCAUCAACAUUUUCGACCAAGAGGAAAGAGUGAAUAUCAUCAACAUUAUCGAUCAGGAAAGAGUGAAAAUCAUCAACAUUAUCAACAGGAGGAAAGAUUGAACAUCAUAAACAUUAGCGAUCAGGAAAUAGUGAACAUCAUCAACAUUCUCAACAAAAGGAAAGAGAUAAAUAGUGAUUAUUAUCAACACUAUCGACCGAGGAGAAAGAGUGAACAUCAUCAACAUUAUCGACCAGGAGGAAAGAGUGAACAUCAUCAGAAUUAUCGACCAGGAGGAAAGAGUGAAAAUCAACAACAUUAUCGACCACAACGAAAGAGUGAACAUCAGCAACAUAAUCGACCAAGAGGAAAGAGGGAACAUCAUCAACAUGAUCGACUUAGAGGAGGAGAGGAAAGAGUGAGAACAUCAUCAACAUUAUCGAUCAGGAGGAAAAAAGUGAACAUCAUCAACAUUAUCGAUCAAGAGGAAAGGAUGAACAUUAUCAACACUUUCGACCAACAGGAAAGAGUGAACAUCAUGAACAUUAUCGACCAGGAGGAAAGAGUGAACAUCAUCAAAAUUAUCGACCAGGAGGAAAAAGAGGAAAGAGUGAACAUCAUAAAUUAUCGACCAGGAGGAAAGAGUGAACAUCAUCAGAAUUAUCGACUAAGAGGAAGGAGUAAACAUGAUCAGUAUCAUCAAGCAGGAAGAAAGAGUGAGCAUCAUCAACAUUGUCGAUUAGGAGGAAAGAGUGGAAAUCUUCAACACUAUCGACCAAGGGGAAAGAGUGAACAUCAUCAACAUUAUCGAACAGAAAAGAGUGAGCAUCGUCAACAUUAUCAACAGGAGGGGAGAUUGUACAUCAUAAACAUUAGCGAUCAGGAAAUAGUGAACAUCAUCAGCAUUAUCGAUCAAGAGGAAAGAGUGAACAUCGUUAACAUUAUCAAUCAGGAGGAAAGAGUGAACAUAAUCAACAUUAUCGACCAAGGGGAAAGAGUGAACAUAAUCAACAUUAUCGACCAAGGGGAAAGAGUGAACAUCAUCAAUAUUAUCGACCAAGGGGAAAGAGUGAACAUCAUCAGCAUUAUCGAUCAAGAGGAAAGAGUGAACAUCGUUAACAUUAUCAAUCAGGAGGAAAGAGUGAACAUCAUCAACAUUAUCGACCAAGGAUAA